AUGAUAGAAGGUGGGUGGUGUGAAGAGAUAAAGACAAUGGUGCAGAAACAUACGCAGAGCCUGCGGCACAGCAAGGAGGAGCUGAACAGGCUUAACCAGGCCAUCCAGCGGCUGACGGUGGAGAUGGAUGGCCCCAAGAGCCAGCCCUGUGAACCAGAGACAGGCAAGGACCCAGCAGCCCUGCAGGAGGAGGGUGCUUCAGGCAGUGCUAAGAGCAAACUGGCUUGGCUGGAGGCUGCCCUGCGGCGGGCCAAGCAGGAUAUGGUGCGGCAGCUGCGCGAGUACCAGGAGCUCAUGAUCGUCAAGCUGGGCCUGGAUUUUGAGAUCGACACCUACCGCAAGCUGCUGGAAGGGGAGGAGAGCAGGCUUGGUCUGGGAUUUGGGGCAGGAAACGUCACCCCGGGCAGCACCACCACCUGCGGGCUGGGCUCAGCUUCGGGCCCGCAGGCCUGCUGCAGCCUGGAGCUGGCCCCCGCGCCCUGGAGACGAGCGCCCCUGGCGGCGGCUGCGCGCUCUGCGGCUGCCCGGGCUGUGUCGGGGGCUUCAGCUGCAGCGGGUCCCGCGGAUGCUGAACCCUUCCUGCCCUGCUCCGGAGAAGUCAGGGAACCCUCGCUUCUGCCCCAGUGA